GACGUCGAUUAUCAUCCGUCAACCAUCGCUCAUCGCCGAGGGGAGUCCAGAAACAUCAACGCUCUGCUAUACUCACCAUCGUCAAUUGCCAUUUUCCUCUUGAGUGAGAAGAAAACCAACAUAUCCACUCAUCCGCCGCCUACAUCGGAAAAGCCAAGCCUGUACAGGUUGAAAAACCACGCGACCACGUCCGUCUCGUACUGCCGCAACACCUAACCCACCGCCAAACCUUUCCCUUCAUGCAAGUGUCGGCCGACCUGCAAACCAACCUUACCGAUCCCGACUAUUCCCAACUGGCGGAACCCCCCACCAACGCCAUUGACCUUACAUGACGACCCCUCCAGACUCCCCCCCAUCCCACUCCUGGUCGCAGGGGAAGGCAGAAAAUGGGAGAAAAAAGACACCGGUCGGUGCCCCCGCCAAGCAAGCCCGCACUCCAACAAACUCCCAGGUCUGUCCCUCGUCCGGGGUGGAGGAAAAACUUACGAUACACCGAUAAAAUGACCCCGCCAACGCCAUUUCCAGCGAGCAAGUCGACGCGAGACCUACCUUACUCCCGGGAGUCGGGAGACGCUACCGACCUCCCACCCAAUUCGAUAACCUAGCCCAGACUCCCCCAGCAGUCUGCAGAGGAAAGGAAGAAAAAAAAUUUGACCUCCGAUAACGCCCUUCCCUCGUACGUGUGGCCGCGUGCGGUGAGCUUUCCGCACCGCCAAUUCCCACUCCCAGAGAUCGACCCGCACUAUUAUUUCUUCGUCCUAUCCUGUCCGUCGCAUUUCUUAAGGUAAUGUUUUCUCUCCUGCCCUUUUGGCUUCAAAGGUUCUCAAAAGUACCUCUACCUUACCCCGUGUGAUCUCCCUGCCUCCCGCUCCCGCGCCGGGUACCCGCUCCGAUAGCAUACGAAACUCCCUCCACAGACACCAACACCAGACGAGAGCCACAAGAUGCCCUCCGACCCGGCGGCGGCAGCGGCGACAGAGCCAGCACCCUCCUCCAUCCUCAUCAUCGGCUCCGGCGUCUUCGGCCUGACCACAGCCUACGAGCUCGCCCAGCGCCCACGCUACGCCUCCACAAAGAUCACAGUCCUCGACCGCUCUCCGAUCCCCGGCCCAAGCGAGGACGCCGCCUCCGUCGACUCCUCCCGCAUCAUCCGCGCAGACUACGCCGACCCGGCCUACGCGACCCUCGCCGCUGAGGCCCAGACAGAAUGGCGCAAGACCUCCCAUCCCUCUGACCUCGGCGCGGAGGGCCGCUACAGCCAGUCCGGCCUCUGCCUCGUCGCCGACCCCGUCGCCACGGCCUCGACAUCGUACUUUUCCUCCUCCUCCUCCGCUUCAGCAGCAAAGACCAACGCCGACGCCAAGCAAAAGGCCAAGAAGACGUCUCUCGAAUACGUCCGCGAAAGCUACAACAACGUCGUCUCCCUGGCAGGCAAGGACGGCGACAAGAUCAUCAAGGAGCUGCCCACUCCCACAGCCAUCAAGGACUACCUCGGCACCCCCGAGGCCCCGGGCACAUGGGGCUACAUCAACCCGCUCGCGGGCUGGGCCGACGCCGGCGCCUCAAUGUCCUACCUCGCGCGCAAAGUCGUGGCUCUUAACCGUGUCACUUUUGUGUCCGGCGUCGCGACCCGCCUAAACUACACUCCCGACAAGUCGACCGUCACAGGCGCAACCCUCCAAGACGGCUCCGUCCUCUCCGCCGACCUCGUCGUCGUCGCAGCCGGCGCGUGGACCGGCGCCCUCGUCGACCUCUCCGGCCAGGCCAUCGCCACGGGCCAGGCCGUAGGCUACAUCGACAUCACCCCCGACGAGCUCGAGGUCCUCCGCAAGAUGCCCGUCACCCUCAACUUCAGCACCGGCCUCUUCAUGAUCCCCCCCUCAGGCCUGCAACUCAAAGUCGCCCGCCACGCCUUCGGCUACCUCAACCCGACCGCCAUCCCCCACCCCUCGCCCCAGACCCCGCCCUCGACAAAGUCGACAGUUUCCCUCCCGGCAACCCACCUCACCGACCCGAACCUCAAAUUCCCCGCCGAAGGCGUCGCCGCCCUCCGCAAAGCAGUCCGCACCAUCGUCCCCAUCCCCGCCAUCCACGACCGCCCCUUUGUCCACACCCGCCUGUGCUGGUACACCGACACCCAGACGGGCGACUUCCUCGUCUGCCACCACCCCACCGCUCGCAACCUCUUCGUCGCCACCGGCGGCAGCGGCCACGGCUUCAAGUUCUUGCCCGUGCUCGGGCGCGAAAUCGUAAACGUGCUCGAGGGCCGCGGCGACGAGGUCUUUACCGAGAAGUGGCGGUGGAGGGAGGUCAAGAGCAAGGCGGACGUGACGGAUCUGUACGAGCACAUCAUGACGGAGGACGGGAGCCGAGGCGGUAUCCCUGGUCUCUUGCUGAAGCAGGAGCAAGCCAAGUUGUAAACCCCCGAAUUCACAUCCAUCCACCCGAAUGGAAUUGCAUUGAUGUAGGUACAUGCCGAAUGUAGAUACCAUGUAGCAACCGUACAGAUAGAGCUGUUAAAAAUGUAUAGUCAUAAAUGAAUAUCUAGUGCCAC